CCCCAGCCAGAAAUCACAGGGAUUCAGAGAAAGAGACAGAGAGUAAGAACAAGUGACUAAAGGAGAUAGGCCCUUGGGGGGCAGGGUCAAGUCUGAGCAGGACUUCCUUACCCACCUGGAAGAGGGGGCUGCUGUCCAGUGUGGCCCAAGAAGCAUCGGUCGACCCAGUGGCUGGAAUCCGCACACUGGCGUGUCCCCACUGUGGCUCCCCAGCUGCUGUCUCCGGGAGCUCCCCUAAGCUCUCACUGCCUCUCUCCUGCUAAAAUCCAGUCCUGUGAUUGGAAUAGGGGCUGACACUCACCGCCCCACUCCAGAAGUCAUGGCACCCAGGAUAGGGCCGAUGGGUGAGGAGCUCCAGAUGCCAGACAAGGAUGCCAAGGCCAUGAUGGGCACAGAAGACACACCUGGAGGCAAAGCCAGCCCAAAUCCUCAAAAUUUGCGACCAAGUGUGUUCCACAGCAUCAAGUUCUUCGUCCUGUGCCACAGCCUGCUGCAGCUGGCACAGCUCAUGAUCUCCGGCUACCUCAAGAGCUCCAUCUCCACGGUGGAGAAGCGCUUCGGCCUCUCCAGUCAGACCUCGGGGCUGCUGGCCGCCUUCAAUGAGGUGGGGAACACAGCCCUGAUCGUGUUUGUGAGCUAUUUCGGCAGCCGGGUACACCGGCCCCGCCUGAUCGGGUGUGGAGCCAUCCUUGUGACCCUGGCAGGCAUACUCAUGACUGUCCCGCACUUCAUCUCAGAGCCAUACCGCUAUGACCACACCAGCCCCGACAUGUCACAAGACUUUGAGGCUUCCCUGUGCCUGCCAAGCAACAAGGCCCUAUCUUCAGCCUCAUCCAACAGCAGCUGCUCUAGCUACACAGAGGCUCGGCACCUGGCUGUGGUGGGGAUCAUGUUCACAGCCCAGACUCUGCUCGGCGUGGGUGGGGUGCCCAUUCAGCCCUUUGGCAUCUCCUACAUCGAUGACUUUUCCCACAACAGCAACUCGCCCCUCUACCUUGGUAUCCUGUUUGCAGUGACCAUGAUGGGGCCAGGCAUGGCCUAUGGGCUGGGCAGCCUCAUGUUGCGCCUUUACGUGGACAUUGAUCGAAUGCCAGAAGGUGGCAUCAACCUGACCUCAAAGGACCCCCGAUGGGUGGGUGCCUGGUGGCUGGGCUUCCUCAUCUCGGCUGGCGCAGUGGCCCUGGCCGCCAUCCCCUACUUCUUCUUCCCCAAGGAGAUGCCCAAGGAGAAGCAAGAGCUUCGCUUCCGGCGAAAGGGCUUGGAAGUUUCAGACCUACCUGUCAGCAAGGGUGAGGAUUCCUCUUCUGAGCAGAGCCCUGCAGACUCCCCAGAGAAGAAAGACAACCUAGCUCAGAUUGCCCCAGACCUGACUGUGAUCCAGUUUAUCAAAGUCUUCCCCAGGGUGCUGCUGAGGACCCUGCGCCACCCCAUCUUUCUGCUGGUGGUCCUGUCCCAGGUGUGCAUGUCGUCCAUGGUGGCGGGCAUGGCCACCUUCCUGCCCAAGUUCCUGGAACGCCAGUUCUCCAUCACAGCAUCCUACGCCAACCUGCUCAUAGGCUGCCUCACCAUCCCGCUGGCCAUCGUGGGCAUCGUGGUGGGGGGCAUCCUGGUCAAGCGCCUCCGCCUGGGCCCCCUGCACUGCGGCACCCUUUGCCUGCUGGGGGCGCUGUGCUGCCUGAUCCUCAGCACGCCCCUCUUCUUCAUGGGCUGCUCUUCCCAUCAGGUUGCAGGCAUCAGCCACCAGCCUGGCGCCCAGCCUGGCCUGGAGCUAUUUCCAGGCUGCAUGGAGUCCUGUUCCUGCCCCUCAGACGACUUUAACCCUGUCUGCGACUCCAGCACUCGUGUGGAGUACAUCACGCCUUGCCACGCAGGCUGCACAAGCCGGGUAGUCCAGGAGGUGCCAGACAAAAGCCAGGUCCUCUACACUAACUGCAGCUGCGUGGCGGGGGGCGGCCCCGUGCCAGCCGGCUCCUGUGACUCGGCCUGCAGCCACCUGGUGCUUCCCUUCAUGAUCCUGGUCAGCCUGGGUGCCGCGCUGGCGAGUGUCACCCACACACCCUCCUUCAUGCUCAUCCUAAGGGGAGUGAAGAAAGAAGACAAGACUCUGGCUGUGGGGAUCCAGUUCAUGCUCAUGAGAGUUUUGGCCUGGAUGCCCAGCCCAGUGAUCCACGGCAGUGCCAUCGAUACCACCUGUGUGUACUGGGCCCAGAGCUGCGGGCGUCGGGCCGUCUGCCGCUACUAUGACCAUGACCUCCUCCGAAACCGGUUCAUCGGCCUCCAGUUCUUCUUCAAGACAGGCUCCCUGGCCUGCUUUGCCUUGAUUUUGGCCAUCUUAAGGCAGCAGGACAAAGAGGAGAGGACCAAGGCGACCAAACCCAACCCUGGCCUGCAGCAGCAGCUGUUAGCAUCAGAGGCAAAGAAGGAGCCUGAGGAAUCCAGAGUGUGAGCUGUCCCAGGGCCCCAGCCUAGCCAAGAGUGGCAGCCACAGCGAGUACCUCCUCAGGGCCCUUUGCCUGAAAUUGGGUAUUGGGAACCCUGUUUUCCAAUUGUGAGUCUUCCACUAACUUGUGUGGCUUCGAGCAAGCCACUGACCCUCUCUGGGCCUGUGUUUGUUCAUCUGAAUCAAAGAGUUCCUUGGGGGUUUGUUGUGUUGACCCCUCCUGGAGCAUGAGGGUCUUCCGCUUUUCUCCCUCAGCCACACAGGCUGGCCUGAAAACAGGCUUUCCUGGGUGGAAGGACCGCAUAUCUUCCCCCCAGGGCCCUGGGAUGGAGAAGUGGACAAUCGUAAGCCAGGUUCCCCCACACCCUGGGUCCUGGCCCCUCUCUGCUGCUCACCUGGAGCCUCAGCCUCCAUCUGAGCCUCAGCCUCCAUCUCGGUCAGGUGGAAAUGAACUUGUCAGCUUUCAGGCCUCUUCCAUCUGGGACCAUCUAUGUGGCCUGGACAUCCAACUCUGGUCUCCUCCCCAGCCCCACUCAGCCUGAAUGUGGGGCCAGCACAGCCUCUAUUGAGAUGUGUCUAUUUGGCGCCCCCUGGAGGCAGAGUCCUGAGCAGUGGGAGACAGGACGUCCAGGUAUGCAGGGCCUUCAAGAAACCUGUUGAAGGCCCCAGGGGCCUUGGCUGAGCAGGGAGCCGCCUCUCUGGACUCAGGAAACCCCAGCCCUCGCCCUCAAGGUGUCAGAGUCUGGGUGAGGCCUAUUCUCUGCCUGGUGGUGAGGGGGAUCCAGGCCCCACUCUUGGGCAUUUUCUAAUUUCAAAGACCAAACCCACUCAUCAUAGACUCACUGGCAUCCAUGUAUUGCCAAGAAUUCACGUUUAACGUGGGCCCACUACCGUGACUUCUGUGACGAGAAUCUUAAUUUCACCAUUUCCUCCCCAGUGCCUGAUCCUGUGUCAGCUGGGAUUGUGUAGACAAUGUCUCCUGUGACACCCACAUAUUGGGAUAACAUCUUCUCUGUGACGCCUGGGUUGGCAUGAGAGCCUGUUCUUUGUGAUGCCCAGCCCUGUGACCCAGGAGUAGUAAUGCCUGAUUCUGUGUAAUAAGUGGGUCUGUGGGCUGCUUGGGCCUGAACAGACAGGCGCUUGUCUGUGUCAGACCUUGUCUGGUUUUUGGCCAGGUCUUAUCUGGCUGGAUUAUCUUCCUGGGAAGCGGAGAGAGUUUCCCAACCUGCUCCCAGCCCAUUCUGUCGCCACCCAUACCCAUCCUUGGGAGACAGGAGACAGGGAGUCAUCAGCAGGAGCUUCCCUAGCCCAGGUGCAGCCCUGUGCUGGGGGCCAGGGGAGAAGCUGGGGGUUUAGCCAGAAGCUCUGGCCUUCUGUGCAGCUCUCAGUGCUAUUCUGUAUGAAAGAAGAGGGAGAUACAAACGUUCUAAUCCCCAUUUUUAUUCUACUGGUUGAUACCUUUAGACGUUUAACAAAUAUCUGAGCCUGUACUUAUCAAUGCCAGAAAUUUCAAAGUCUCAUCCAACGAGAUGAGGCUGUUUCUAUGUGCGUAUUCCUCCUCCUUCCCUCUUGUUUCCCAUGUUUUGCAGAAAUAAUCUGGAAUCAUACAUAAAUAUAGCUUAUCAAUAAAUUUGUUCUUGCA